GUAACAAAAAAUAAAACUAAAAUCAACAUUUUUCAUUUUGCUAAAAUCAAAUUUUGAUCACUAAUCCUAUAAAAAUAUCUUCAAGUUCCAAGACUUAGAGCACCCGCAACGCGGGUUCGUGAUGAAUCCUAAGCGCGAUAACUUAGGUAAAAGCAAUUAAAAAAAUAAUUUUAAAAUGUCGUAACCGAAGGAUUGAUCCUAAACUAAGGGGUUUAAGGAUCAAAUCCUUAAUCACGUGGCAAGGCGGGAGUGGUCGUGGUAGGGGUUGUGUUUCGUAUGUGGAAAAAAACAUUCAUUCUCUUUCUCCGUCUCGAAAAAAAAACUCUCCCGAAGGCGAAAGGCGAUUCAGAGAUCGUGAAACGGUGAAGGUAAAUCGCGUGCUCUUAACUCAAUAUUUUUGGAUUAGGUGUUGAUGCAUGUUGAUUAGUCAGUUCUAGGGUUCUAUCGUGUGGUAAAAAUCGAUUUUAGGUUUCAAAUCGAAUUGGGGAUUUUUUUCGAUUUACGGUUUUCGUCUAGGUUUGUUAUUUUCUGCAUCUCGAAUCGGUUCUUUGUUGUUUGAGAGUUCUAUCGUAUGGUUUUAAUAGAUAUAGGGUUUGAAAUUGAGUUGGGAUUGACUUCUGGAUUGAUUUACGUUCCGUGAAGAGUUAUAAAUAAUUUUACGGUUCGAGAUUGAUUUGUAAAUCGAUUACGGGUUCAGGAUAGUCGAAACCAUUUGUGUUAAGCUAUCCUUAUAGCUAAUUAUGAAUCUGAUAACAUGAUUUUCCUUGCAGGUUUUGAAAUGGAGGAAGAACUUCGCGAUAAGAAAGCACAAAAAGAGUACUACAACAUGAUCGAUUUUGUUGCAAAUGCGCAACAGGGGAUUCCCAAAAUUUGCCCCUGUGGAUCAAUCACGAAAGAAACCGUUGAUGAAGAUGAUACGUACGACUACCUCCCGGGAAAAAGAUACUUUAUCUGCAAAGACUUUGAGAAUGAUGGGCUGCAUUUCAGGCAACCAUGGGUUACGGCUAUUCAUGAAGAAGUUGAGAGGCUCAAAGAACGGUAUCACGAGCAGGCGAAGCUUCUGAGAGAGUGCCAGGCAGUUAAGGACGAGGUGAGAAUGCUGCAGGACGAGGUGAGAAUGCUGCUUAUGCGUGUGGCUGAACUCGAGAGAGCCCUGUGAGGUUAGUGGAUUAAAUUAUCCUUCAUCUCUGCCUCGUGUGAAAUUAGUAGGAGUUUGCAAAUAAUAUCCAUACUGCUUCAUUAAAUCUCGCUUUCAAACGAAAACUUCAUUAACUCACUCUCUAGCUGUUAUGAUAGGACAGUUUCCUACUAGGAUUAAAUAGAGUUGAACUAAAGAUCCCCAUUUAAUCUUCUGCGUUUCUACAAGAGAAACACAGAGUGAAAUCCGAAAAUGGAAAACUCCACUUGCUUUGUAAACCUUUUAGCUAGCCAAGGGUGUGUUGAGCUUGACUCAUCGGAACCCCUUUGCUUUAACAGCCAAUGUUCCGAUGAGUCUACUGUCAAAGAGAGGAAGAAAUGGACACCAAAGGAGGAUAUAAUCCUCAUUGGUGCUUGGCUCAACACCAGCAAAGACCCUAUAGUCGGGAAUGAACAAAAAGCUGGUAAGUUCUGGCAGAGGAUUGUACAGUACUACAACUGCAGUCCUCAGCUGGUUGGGACAAUCCCAAGAGAACUUGGGCAAUGCAAGCAAAGAUGGGCUAGGAUCAAUGAUUUGGUGUGUAAAUUUUCGGGCUGCUACGAGAUGGCAUUGAGGGAGCAGAGGAGCGGGCAAAAUGACAACGAUGUGAUGAAGGCUGCUUUGGAUAUCUUCUACAAUGACCACGGCAGUAAGUUCAACUUGGAACAUGCGUGGAGGGAGCUUCGACAUGAUGUGAAAUGGUGUUCCACCUAUCUCGAGAAGGAGAGCGGUCGGGAGAAGCGCAAAGCAGUUGCUUCUGAUGCUCAAGGGUCAUUCGCGGAGCCAGAAGAAAGACCCAUAGGAGUUAAGGCAGCUAAGGCUGGUAGCAAGAAGAAGAAAGGUGGAAAAGAAGAAGAAUUGGAAAAGAUAGAAGGACUGUUGGCGCUCAAAAAACAAAUCUCUAGACAGAAUGUGCUAGAGAGUUUACUUGCAAAGACUGAGCCACUAGAUGACAUGGAAUUAGCUCUGAAAAUGAAACUUAUGUCUGAAAUGAUGUGAUGAUUGUUAGCUCUAACUUUAGUACACAUUUGCUGUUCGUUUCACUAUGUUUAAUCAUCUCAUUUUCUCUAUUUCAGGUGAUGUACAAGACCAUGUGCCUGACGAAGACAAAAGCUGCUGUCUCUUCCUUAUGUAUUCACGGGAUGCUUGUUUUUUUCUCUUAUUUUUCCAUGUGAACCUA